AUGAGUUUUUACAAUGCCCUAAGAUGCUUCCUAACAUUGGAUAUUGUGGCUGACAAAUUUAGAGUUGUGGCUCUAGCUGCUGGUUUCAAUGUUAUACUCCUUGCUGAUCAGGAAAAAAAGAAACCGCCUGGUACUUCCUCCACCUCCACCACCGCCUGUCAUGUGGGGGAAGAAACAGAGGAGAGGCCAUUGGGUGUGAAGGCUUCAAAGGGCAAGGGGAAAAAGAGAGUUAGGGGGCAGAGUGAAGAUGCAGGGGAGAGUUCUUUGAAGGUGCUUCAAGAGAUGUGGGUUAUAAAAAAGGAGGACUUGGCUGGUCAACAUAAAAUACUAUCCCAACAGAAAAUCCUAUCAGAACAGAAAAUCCUUGAUAGCCUCAUUCUCAAACCCGAACCAUUAUCAGAGGCAGACGUCAUACUUAAGAACAAGCUUACCACCGAGAUGUGUAAUCUUCUAGGAUGA